AUGACACCAAUACCAACAAAACAACGCAAAUUUACUGCUGAUCAUCGUAAUAAAACUGAUUUAAAUAUAUAUACAGAAGAUUUUAAAGGUGAUUCAAUAUUUGGUAUUAUUAAAUUUAAAGCACCAUUAAAAUGGGAUAAAAUAAUACAAAUAACUGCAUUACAUUUGGUAUUUUUCUAUGGUAUAUAUGCAUAUGAUUAUGAUAAUCAUAUAUUUUAUACAACAAUUUGGUCCUUUACUACUGGUGGUAUAGCUGGAUUGGGUGUAACAGGAGGUGCCCAUAGAUUAUGGACUCAUAGAUCAUAUAAAGCUAAUACACUAUUGAGAGCAAUUCUUAUGUGUUGUUUUUCACUUGCAGGACAGAAUACAUUAUUUGAUUGGGUAAGAGAUCAUCGAGUACAUCAUAAAUAUUCAGAAACAGAUGCUGAUCCACAUAAUUCAAAUCGUGGUUUCUUUUUUGCUCAUGUUGGUUGGUUAAUGAUGCAUAAACAUCCAGAUGUUAUAAAACGUGGACGUCAAAUUGAUAUGUCAGAUGUUUUAAAUGAUCCAGUUGUACAAUUUCAUCAAAAAUAUUUUAUACCAUUGAAAAUGUUAUUAUGUUUUAUAAUACCAACAAUAAUACCAGUAUAUUUUUGGAAUGAAACAUGGGAAGCUUCUAUUAUACAACAAUGUAUAUUCCGUUAUGUAUCUAGUUUACAUUUUACAUGGUCUGUAAAUAGUGCAGCACAUAUGUGGGGAUAUCGUCCAUACGACAGACGAAUUAAUCCAAGUGAAAAUCGUUUUGUAUCAGUUAUUGCAAUGGGUGAAGGAUGGCAUAAUUAUCAUCAUGUAUUCCCAUGGGAUUAUAAAGCAGCUGAAUUGGGAAAUUAUAAAUUAAAUUUAACAACAAUGUGGUUAGAUAUAUUCGCAAAAUUAGGUUGGGCAUGGGAUAUGAAACAACCAUCAGAAGAAUUAAUAAAACGUACUAUUGUUAAAUAUGGUGAUGGUACACAUCCAAUAUAUGGUGAUCAAUAUCAUGAUCAUCAACAUGUUGAAGAAGUACCAGUACCAAAAGAUGAUGAUACAUCAAAUUUAAUAAUAUAUAAUAGAAAAUCUGAAUAAUAUUAUAUAUAUAUAUAUAUAUAUAUAUAUAUAUAAUUGUAUAAAUA